AUGGGUAGACGCAGCCUAAAGACUUUACCUCCUAUUGGACGCGAACCUCAUUCGGGUGUGGUGUUUCAUGCCCGUCCACGGCAUUACACAAUCCUGGAGCCAAGUCCAGAUGAACUUGACCAAAAUGAAAGCAGAUGGCAAGAUAUAGAGCAUUUUGUGACUCCACCCGGUCAUAGAGCGGUCGUCGGGCAUUUGCAAAAAGAUUGGGAAAUGCAAACCAAAAAACAGGAUUCGGAAAAAAACGACGAUAACAUCAGCAAAGGUGUUUAA